AUGCAUCCAUGUAUGUAUGACGAUCAUGCUGGAUCUAGUUACAAUCUCAGAGAGAGGUUAAAAUGUAGAAAGAAGCCGCUUCCCGGGGAAACAUCUUCUCAAGCGCUUGUUUGUUCACAGUCAUCUUCUGCAGCCACGCAAACUGAUUCAGACCCUUGCAUGGAAGGGGUUUAUGAUGGUGAUUCUUCUACUGAACAUUCAGUGCUUGACCUUCCAAUUACCAAAAGAAUUCCUGUGGGGCCAUUUUUUCAGGCUGAAGUACCAGAAUGGACUGGUGUGGUUUCUGAAAGUGACUCAAAGUGGCUUGGAACUCGGGUUUGGCCACUUGUAACUUCAACUAACAGAUUUGUUAUUGAAAGGGAACCUAUCGGUAAGGGAAGGUCAGAUUCAUGUGGGUGCCAAGUGCCAAAAUCUAUAGAAUGUGUUAGAUUUCACAUUACUGAGCGAAGGUUGAGACUGAUGCGUGAAUUGGGGAAGGCUUUUAAUCAAUGGAGUUUUGAUAAGAUGGGUGAAGAAGUUAAACGCUCCUGGACGGUAGAAGAACAAAAGAAGUUUGGAGCUACAGUGAGGUCAAAUCCUCUAUCUCUCAAUAAGUAUUUUUGGGAUGAGAUAUUCAGAUGUUUCCCGGGUAGGAGAAGGGAAGAUCUGGUGAGCUACUACUACAAUGUAUUUCUUUUGCAGCGCAGAGCAAACCAAAACAGGUCUACUCCAGAUAACAUCAAUAGUGAUGAUGAUGAAUCAGAAUGUGAAUUUGUAACCUAUGGCUCUGGGUGCGAAGCAGUCAAUUCACCAGGCUCCCUCUUAUCAGCAAAGAAGCAGCAUAAAUAUGUCAAAUAG